AUGACGAAAACUAAAGAGGGCUACACCGUUAAUGGUACUGAAGCAAAAGCUCCAUUAUUCUGCUCAUUUCGUUUGCUAUUGGCCUUUCUCGCAUUUCUUGGUUUUUUUCUUUGCUAUGCUCAACGCAAUGGACUUUCCGUAAGCAUUGUCUGCAUGGUUGAUCCAAGUGCUGAUAAUUUGACUUCAUCAGACAGCAACACGGAUCCUGUAAUUAGUCGUAAUAUUCCAGAAUCAUGUAAAAAACAUACUGACCAAAACGAUCGAACUGAAAGUCAAGUUCUGUUUUGGCCAAAAACAACACGCGGUACUAUUCUAGGCUCGUUCUAUUGGGGUUAUGCUUUAACACAAAUACCAUCAUCUGUUGCGGUUAAUAUACUUGGACCGAAACGCUUUCUUGCUAUACUAAUAUUAGUAUCAUCAGCAGCUACGUUACUCGUACCACUUGUCUCAAAUUUACAUCCAGCUGCUGUUAUUCUAUUGAGAAUUGUGGCUGGUGCCGCUCAGGGUGGUCUUUGGCCAACAAUAUUUCGUUUUUGGGCUACAUGGGCUCCAGCAUCGGAACGAACAACUCUCCUCUCAUUUCCAAGUUCUGGACCAUCAAUGGGUACUAUUGUUUCGUACAUGAUGGGUGGGUUUUUCUGUGAGUUUUCAUUCAGCUCUGCAAUGCCGUUCAUAUUGAGAUUUGGUUGGACAUACUUCUUCUAUGUUCUCGGUGGUCUUGGCAUACUUUGGUCAAUAUUUUGGCUUUUUCUUGCAAGUGAUACACCAGUAUUAAAUAAACAUAUAUCUGACAACGAAAGAGACUAUAUUCAAGCAUGUAAAGCCGCCGAAAAAAUUCAAGAUACACGAACAAAAACACCAUGGGUACCGAUGUUACGAUCACAAGGCUUUUGGUGUAUUGUUGUAUCAAUGUUUUUCUGUGAUUUUGGUCUCUAUGCUAUUUGGACUGUUAUACCACAAUAUAUGGAUGAAGUAUUGUUAUUUACAAACAAAGAAAAUGGUAUUUAUUCAGCAUUACCACAAAUCGGUAGUUUUAUUGUUGUUAUGUUAUCUGGCGGUUUAGCAGAUUUGAUAAUUAAAAAGAAAUAUUUAAAACGUGUUAAUACAAGAAAAUUAUUUCAUGGUGUUGGAACAUUAGCACCGGCAAUAUGUCUUUUAUUAAUGUCAUUUCUUGAUUGUGAAAGUCGCCGUUUAGCGGUUACUCUCUUAUUUGUUGGCGUUGCCUUAAACGGUUUUAUGAUGUCUGGUGGUUAUGUUGUUAAUGUUGGCGAUUUCAGUGGUGUUCAUUCAGGCGUUGUGUUUGGUGUUUGCAAUACGAUUUCUAGUAUUGGUGGCUUCUGUGCACCGUACAUCACAGGUUUCAUUACAAAAAAUAAAACAGCAGGUGAAUGGAAACUUGCAUUGAUGUUAUAUGCUGCAUCAUUUCUUAUAUCGGCUGUCGCAUUUUCACUCUUAGCUCGUGGAGAAACUGAACCAUGGGCACGAGAUGAUGUUCACGACGAAAAAAUCAAUUACGAUGUUGAUGCUAACAAAGAAUUAAUGGAAAUCAAGGCAUCUACCGUUGUACCACAAAGCCAAGUUGCUUAA